AUGGAAUAAUUGUCAAAACAAUGUCGAAUAUAUUUGGCAGCACGAAAUCUAUGUACGUCGUCAAAAUUCACUUUGUCCCCAAAAAAUGUCUUUAUUCUAUUUGAUUUCGUUUCUCCUCUUCCAUCCAAACUAUUGCGCGACCAAAAAAUACACAAACUACACACUGUAUAGAGGUGUACCAGUCAAUAAAAGUCAUUUAGAUUUCUUCAACAGCUUGAGUGAGAUGUUUGACGUUAAUUUUUGGACUCCUCCUGGCUCUUUGUACAAACCUAUAGAUUUUGUUUUGGCUCCCGGAGACAAAAAGGUUUUCCUGAAAAUGGCAGAAGAAUACGAUGUAUAUUUAUCAACGCUCAUUGCUGAUGUGCAAAGAGCAUUUGAUAUGCAAAGAGUUAAAUCGUACAUAAGAAGAAAUUUGGGUUCAUUCGAUUGGAACGACUUCUAUAGGAUUAAUGACAUCUAUAAUUGGUUGAAGGAUCUAAAAGAUAAAUAUCCUGAAUUCGUGAAAGUAGAAAGUAUUGGUACUACUUAUGAAAAACGUCCCAUUCUCGCUGUGCAUGUCACUUUGCCUGGAAGUAAAUUGAGGUCCAAAGUGAUUGUGGAAGGCGGUAUUCAUGCCAGAGAAUGGAUAGGUCCGUGUUUUGUGACGUACAUGCUUCAGCAGAUUCUCGACUCGCCGAAAUCGAAUAAUUCGAAUUUAAAAGACAUUGCGUUGACCUACGAAUGGUUCUUUGUGCCCGUUCUCAAUCCUGAUGGUUACGAGUAUACUCACACAAAUAACAGACUUUGGCGUAAGAACAGAAAUAACGAAUACGGAGUUGAUUUGAAUAGAAAUUUCGACCAUGCUUUUGGGAACAUUGUGCCCGACCGUGAAUGUUUCGACACAACGACUGUCAGAUCAGCCGUCGGAGUCAGUUUUUCCCACUACGAGGAGACGUAUUGUGGCGCGAAAGCGUUUUCCGAAAAAGAAACUAUAGCGAUGUCUAAUUUCGUGAGAAACCACAGUAACCAUCUGGAAUACUAUUUGGCCUUCCAUUCGUACGGGCAAGCCAUGAUCCUGCCUUACGCGAAUACAAGAGCUCACAUGGAAAAUUUUGAUACUGUGGCAGCCAUGGCUAAACAAGCAGCAGACCACAUAGCUCUCAGAUACAAUACCAGAUACGUGUAUGGAACAGCUUAUGACACUGUAGGUUACGUGACAUCCGGCGUCAGUGGUUGCUGGGUCAAAGAAACAUUUAGUGUUCCGUACGUCCUUACAUUUGAACUUCCCGACCGAGGGCAAUAUGGUUUCGCUCUGCCCAAUGAGAAGAUCACGCCAACAUGUAUAGAAACCAUGGAUGGUGUUUUGUCACUAUUGAAACCUCGCACGAAAAUUUACGAUAAACUAAGACACGAGCACAGGGGUUUCGAUGACGGUCAAAGGACGAAGUUUUUGGAUAAAUUGGUGAUCCUUUUUAAUGUGUGCCUGUUUGUUAUUGCUCGUUUUGAUUAAACUAUGUUUUUGUACGAAA